AGCCAUUUACAUUUUUCUGACUUGGACAUUGAUGAAAACACAUGUGUGGUGUUCGAAAACAUUAAUACAAUGGGAGACGAUAGCAUUGUUCAAAAUCUUGUCACACGAAUUGCCUGCCUUUCAUUGAAAUAUACAACUUGUUGGUUGGUUACUUUUCCAGACGAAAAGACCAAGAGUUAUGAAUAUCCUGGACACGUGAUUAGCAACUUCGCCCGUCUGCAUGCUGCGCUGUCAAAUCUUGUUCAGAAACAUAGUUUGACAUGUAAAAUAAUACAAUGUGACAACAUCAAUGAUGUCGCAGGGGUUGUAAGGCAUGUGUGUGAAACGUGCAUGACGACUGACGAGAACAGAAUUUCACAAUGGUUGGACAGACGGUGGAUAUCACAACAUACGUCGCAGACCGAGAAGUUUAUGCUGACAGUACCAUCCUUCAAUUCAAUGAGUGCCCAGUCGCUUAUGAGGAGUAUCCCGAUAAAUGGUUUGUUCUCCGCUUCAACUGAAACUAUCAAACAUCACGCGAAAUGGAUAUCUGACAAAGUCCUUCAGACAUUCUUCUCUGUAAUGGAAAACACAACUGGUGUGCAUCUUGGAGAAGAAACACUAAAAAACGACAUCGAAACUGUAUCGACUAAACUAUGCCCCGUAAACGCUACAAUUGAUGUAAACGGUUAUACGGAACGAGUGAAUGAAAUUCGAACCCCAACAUCAGAAGAAGCAAGCCAAGAUACAGACCAAACAACGGUGGACACGGCGCCUUUGAUGCCCACAGAGUGCAUGAUAAACGAUCGUCAGUCCAAAAUAACGAUCGAAUACCAUCAUGGUCAAGUCUUUGAUUACAACCAUGGUCUUAGUCGCCCUUCAGUAGCCACGCCAAUUAUAGAGCAAAAAGUGUUUAACCAGAGUAACAAACAUUACAGGGCUGAUUACUCACAGAACCUACGUAAAGUUGAAGAAGAGUUUCCAACUGCAGAAGAGAUUGACAAAUCUAUUGCUCAAGACAAUGACUGUCAAGCACAACAAAAGGGUAUGUUAAAUGGUCCCUUCUCUGAUCAGUCAUAUGACAUUCCUUCUCGUUGGCUUCAACCAGUCAAAGAACUCGAUGAAAGAGAUGACAUGGCGAAUGAAUAUGACGUCCAUGAUAAUGAACGCGAAUAUCUUAUGGAUCACGACACACGCUCAGUUUACUUUCAGCAGGGAUCAGAGAAUAGAACAACAGAAAAUCCCAAGGCAUUUGAUAUGGCCAGUUACACCAGUGAUAACAUUGUAAACUUUAAUACUAAUUUAUUGAUUGACCGCAAAAGAAGAAUGAAUGCUAAAGUUCACCAAGAAGUUAAAUUUGAGUUUAAUCCACAGAUUCAUGAUGAAACUCCAGAUAGUGUAACAAAUGAGAAUUCUUACCCUAAAGCACAGUAUGUUGGAAAACCAAACAAUCAUUUGUUCGAAAAGAAAAUUGAACAAAACGCUUGUGGUCAGGAUAAGUCAGAUGAACUGUAUGUCAAUCCUACAUUAGAUAGAAUAACACUGAAACACGAAUACUCUGGACAACAACCAAGUAACAACAAGCCCGGUACUAUAUCAUUUGAAGACGAACUAAGAGAAACCACACGAAAAUUGAUCGAAAACUCGCAACAGUUUUCACAGUUUGUUCCCCGUUCAUUCCGAUUUCCGUUCCAAAAGGUCAAUAUUGGAUUGGCACAACCUUUGCAGCGACCAAAACAGACCGAGUCAAAUGUCGAGAAUGGUCGGUCUGGAGGAGUGUCGGCAUUAGCGAAUGCGGAGAGGCUUCGAAUGGUUCAGUCUCCAUGGGCAACCGAAAACUCGCCUCCCAUGGACUUGGAUUAUGACAACCAACAAACGCUCAGUGCUCUAUACCCAGAAAUAUACAAUCCAGGAGGUACUAUGAACGAUAGGUGUCCUACCGCUGAGUCUAAUCCCCAGAAGAGGCGAAGACUUGCGUUUCAGAAGAUACCGGGCUGUAAAGGACAAACGAAAUUGAUUUUUAGAUAAAAUGAUAUUCGAUGAUUUAAAGACAGUUAUUUAUUUGAUAAACUAUUUGGUGUAGAAAGAACA